AGAGAGAGAGAGAGAGAGAGAGAGAGAGGCUGAGGCUCGGAGCGGUGCUCAACAUCAUCACUCGCAAUAACGGCUUAAUCAUUCCUCACCGUGGCCGACCGACACCAAGCGCUAUAUCCUCAGCAUCUGAAACGAUUCAUCAGACACAAGAAAAAAAACACAUCUGUAGAGAACGACACUUUUUUCGGUGGUGGUAGUGAUUGUUGGUGGAUUUUAAGUGUUAAGCGGUGAAGUCCACCCGGCGGCUCAGCGCCUUUCGUCACACCGCAGGACAAACUUCACCGGACACACUUUACACGCACCAUGAAGUACAGCUACUGGUAUCUUUGAAUUAAGUGGAGGAAGUAAAUAGAAGAAAGUCUGGUUUGAAGAAACGUCUGAAAGAAACAGAGGGACAAAAUAGUCAAGUAUAGUGGUGAAAGUGAGAAAAGAAAAGACGGGGAAAAUGGGGAGAAAAAAGAUUCAGAUCACCCGGAUUAUGGAUGAACGCAAUAGACAGGUGACGUUUACGAAAAGAAAGUUUGGUCUGAUGAAGAAAGCCUAUGAGCUGAGCGUGUUGUGUGACUGUGAGAUAGCCCUCAUCAUUUUUAAUAGUACCAACAAGCUGUUCCAGUAUGCCAGCACAGAUAUGGACAAAGUGUUGCUUAAAUACACUGAAUACAAUGAGCCUCAUGAGAGCAGGACCAACUCUGAUAUUGUGGAGACUUUAAGAAAGAAGGGUCUCAAUGGUUGUGACAGCCCUGACCCCGACGCAGACGACUCGGUGGGCCACAGCCCAGAGUCAGAGGACAAGUAUCGUAAAAUCAACGACGACAUAGAUCUGCACAUGAUCAGCAGGCAGAGGCUAUGUGCUGUUCCCCCUUCCAGCUAUGAUAUGUCUAUUCCCAUGAAUAACCAAAUCUACCCAGGCAACCAUAACCUGCUUCCCUUGGCCCACCAUGGCCUACAGAGAAAUAGUAUGUCACCUGGAGUCACACACAGACCUCCUAGUGCAGGUGGUCUGAUGGGCACUGAUCUCUCCACUGGCGCGGGCACCAGUGCUGGUAAGGACGGCAUCCCAACAUACUACAGAAAUGGUUAUGGAAACCAUCGUAACUCUCCUGGACUUCUGGUGUCCUCUGGAGGCCUGAACAAAAGCAUGCAGGCCAAAUCUCCUCCGCCGGUAAACCUCGGGAUGAACAGUCGUAAGCCAGACCUGCGAGUACUUAUCCCGCCAGGAGCCAAGAACAACAUGCCUUCUAUUAAUCAGAGAAUAAACAACUCUCAGUCUGCGCAGUCAUUGGCUACCCCUGUGGUUUCUGUAGCGACACCCACUUUACCUGGGCAGGGAAUGGGUGGUUACCCAUCAGCCAUUUCCACCUCAUAUGGUACUGAAUAUUCCUUGAGCAGUGCAGAUCUUUCCUCUAUAACCGGCUUUAACAGUGCCAACACUCUGCAUUUGGGUUCAAUGAGUGGAUGGCAACAACAUCAGAUCCAGAACAUGCAGCACUCUGCUCUCAAUCAGCUAGGAAAUUGCUCUAGCACUCACUUAUGUCAGGGUUCAAAUCUGUCCCUGCCUUCUACUCAAAGCCUGCACAUCAAGUCCGAACCUGUUUCUCCUCCUAGAGACCGCUCGAGUAGCACCACGCCCGCCGGCUAUGGCCCUCUACCGUCCCACCCGCAGCACCAAGGGCCGCUCCCGCAGGGGCGACAGGACUCGGGCCGCUCUCCAGCUGACAGCCUCAGUAGCUGUGGCAGCUCACACGAUGGCAGCGAUCGCGACGAGCACCGUCCAGACUUCCAUUCGCCCCUGGGUUUGGGCCGGCCUGGCUUGGAUGAGCAAGACAGCCCAUCCAUUAAGCGAGUCCGCCUGUCAGAGGGGUGGACCACAUGAUCGGCGACAUCUCUAAAACAGCCCCAUCAUCGAUCUUGACCUCCCCCGCGCAAAACACAGAGAUUCCAUGGCUCCACAUCCCUCAUGUUCUCGCUUUCUCUCUGCUGUUAAUGACGAGUCACAAUCAUUGCUAUCCCGUAUUCUCUGUUUUGUUGUAGAGGGAGAGAAAGUGCUCUCUAAAUUACCUGUAACUUUGAAUCCGAGUUUGUUUGAUAUACAUAUUGUUGUGAUCGACGGGUCUUAGGGAGGGAAAAGGGAAGGUGGAUUAGUAAAAACAUGGUCGGGGAGGGUUUAAGGGGAAGGGUUACUAUGCAUAACUUGUGCAGUGUGUGUAAAGAAUUGCCAUAUAUGCAUAUAUAUUUACACGUGUGUGUACUGUAGGUGUACAUGUAUGCAGAGUAACAAACCAACAAAAGUGUCAGGUACUCUUUUUUUUUUUUUGUAUUUACAUUACCCUCAGUGACAUUCGGCCACAAGAGGAGUGCAGCAGAUGGUUUAUCACAGAGGUAGCAGGUUAGCACUUGAGUUAGUACAAUAUGUACAUUUUCGUGCCACUCUCUAAAAGAUGGCCCCUUUACAAAAUGUAUGUUAUGGGUAACAAUGUCAUGUUGCAGGUUCAACGAAUUGUACAUAGAGAAAAGCCAGGGAUAAGGGGGAAGGGUCAAGGUUGAUAAAUAUUGCUCUUUUCACACAAACAAAACUGUUAUGCAAGAAUUUUGCAGGAUUGUACAGAUUUAUGUGCUGGUUCCUGGGUUUUUUUAGGGGGGGGGAAUAUAUGUCAGGACCUCCAAUGAAAUAAACAAAAAACUUUCCUGCUGAAGGAAGGAACGAAUCAAUAGCAGGACAUAGUGGCGCUGAGUAGAUGAAGGACUUUAAAGUAAGAGCCAUGUUACUUAAUUCUGAUGAAAUUUCAAAUCUGGGACUUGCAUUUAUUGUUCAGUAUUAAAAGAAAAAAGAGGAAAACUUGUAUGUUACACUUGCUUAUAUUUUCAUAUAAAAAGGAAUACAAUGCAAAGCGUUGUGGCUUUUUGUAGUUUAUAAGAGCCAGAAUGUGUUUUGAUAGCUUUGCGUGUAUAAGAAAUGACAGCAGAAGGAACUAGGAACCUUGGGCUUUUAAUCCCUAAGCCAUGAAAUCUGAGACAGUGAAUUUUUGCUUUGCUCAGUGUUUUCUCUCUCUUUCUCUUUCUAGAAGUUUUGUUUUUAAAUGUGUAUUUCUAAGUAUAUUGAAUAAUAAUAUUAAGAAUCUUUUUAAAAAUCUGUGAAAUUAACAUGCUUGUGUAUAGCUUUCUAAUAUAUGAAUAUAUAUGAUAAAAUUUAUGGUCAUCACUUUUCCCCAUUGUGGGCUUAUGUGCAGUUGCACAUGUUAAUUGUAAUAUUAUUCUUAUUUUUCUUAGUUUUUUUUUCUACCGGACUGAGUCUUUCAGAGGAAUACGUGUUUAGAAGGUUAUUUUCAGGUUCGCCCCCAUGAAUUUGUCUCAUUGCCCUAACCUUUUGGAACCCUUAAUAAGCACAACAUAAUUGUCCUCUUCUUUAGUUGCGACGAUUUACAAAGAGCAGUGUCCUGUUAAUCAACAUUGCACUGAAAAGUUUAAACAUAUGACAGCACAGUCAUAGAUACCUCAUGACUGCUUGUAUAAGCUUAUAUCAUCAUUUAGUAAAUUGUGGCUGGCUUUGUUUUUGAUACAUUUAUAAAGAUGUAGAUAUAUAUAUCACAUAUCAUUGUGCAUUCUGUAUUAUUGGUAUUGCAUCUGUAGUCUCUUUUUCUACCAAAGACAAAAAGUGUUUUCCCGAUCCUUUAUGCUUUUUUGGGUUCAACACCAUUGUGUUUCCUCACAAGUUGUUUGUGCUAGUGGCUGGUACCUCUGACUUACCCUCCCAGUGCCUCAGAUUCCCUUUUAAUGAAGUAGUCUCGUUAAGAAUUCGAGAUUGUUCUCCCCUAACAAGUUUGCAGUAAUGUGUGAAUUGCCAUCAUUUGUUAUAUAGAUUUCAACUGUCCAUGUAUGACUCUCCGGUUCAUUUUUUCAUCACAGAUUAUUUUUUGUUUGUUUUUUUCUUUUUUUUGAGUGUUGUUUCCAUUAAGUAUAUAAAUAACAAAAUAAAAAAUGAAAAAUGAAAAAAUGCUGAAAAAUUCUGUAGUAACAGAUGUAGCUUGGUUGAAAGAACGUGUGUCUUUUUUUAAUCAGGAGAAAGAGUCUUUCAGCGGCACAAGCUGGACUUUGUCGCCACUUGAAGACAGAUGUCAUUAAAUUAAAACACAUCUCUGUAUCUCAAGGAACUUGAUUUAGCUAUAUGUAGUAAAAAAUUAAUGUAUGGAUUAAAAAUUGUUUCUCCUGCUGGGGCUAAAAAGGUAUUUGUAUUUUGCAGAGAAUUCAGUAAAUUUACUGGCUUUCUUAGUUACACAGAAGUCCUGGUGUGAUUUUUAUUGUGUUUUACGGAUACCCUGAAUACACCAUACAGUCAGUAUCUCUAAUUGAUGACUUCCUAUCCAAACAUCUCUAACUCAGCAAAACAUAUUCUUUUAAGGUUUCCCUUACAUGAGAUUAAUAUCACAUAUUUUACAUCAACGAUAUAUGUAUGAUAGACUGUAACGGAAUAUAGCGAGGUAGCUUUCACAACAUCAUAAUAAAUUUGCCAAUGUUUAAGUUGACUUGUGGAGCUUCGUGUAAUGACAUCACAUUAAAGGUCCACAAAAUAAUUAUUUCACAAUUCUUCGAAAAACAUUAUAUAUUCAAAUACAAAGGUCAGCAAGCAGUCAUACCUUCCCAUAUGCUAUAACUUUAAAUAUGAGAAGUUCAGAAAUGUUCAAAAAUAAGUCUCAAAAAAGUAUUUCAAAAAAGGAGCUCUCCUCAAUCAUUUUAAUAUCAUACAAUGUGGUAACCUUUAAGCAGGAGAGUUAUUUUAUGUAAAAUUUGGGCUAUGUUUGGGAGCCCCUAAUACGAGCUGCUGAAGUGUAUGUGGUGUAAUACCAGCAAGAAAAUAAUACUUAGCCUAUGUGUUAACAUUCCAACCAAGAGAUAUCAACCUAUGUUUUAGCGGUGGCGAGAUGAAGCCCCAUGAAGCAUUGAACCUUUUCAGCCAAGUGGUUCACAAAAGGGUUCAUUUCUCGAGGCUUCAUUUGCUCACAAUACCACCUGGUGGCCAAAGGGUGUAAAACAAGCAGACACAUUACAGAUGUGCCUGAUGUGGUCUGUGUUACACUGUAUUUUGCGCCAGUUAAGGCUUAGAAAUAACGGUCAAGAAAAAAAUAAUUUCCAAUUUCCUAAUCUAUUUAUAUGAAUACAAUGUGUAUUUUCUGGUGGUAUAUAAUGAUUGUAUAACAUAACUGUGUAAUAAACGUAUUGACUUGAAAUGAAAGGGGCUAUCAAAUGUGUGUAUUAAUUAUUUGGUCAUAAUAGGCAUAAGGGGAAAUAUUAUUAUUCUUAAACUGGAAAGUGUCUCGGCUUAACUGGGAAGGGGGCAGUGAAUGUGCUUGUGUAACUUGGUUUAUAUAGCUGUCAAAAUGUCGCGGCAACAUUCGAACCGCUUACUCUGGCGGAAGCAAGGCUUCAAACGUCAUCUAUGCCGUCAUUGGUCUAAAGCGACUGUUGGCCAACUAAAUUGUAUACCAAGACCAUUGAAGAGAUUUUGAAUCCUCUUAUCCACUAGAUGUCACCAUUGUCUUAGUUUUAUUUUUUAAAUUCGUUCAUUGAUGGGUUUAUGACGAGAGUGUAUUGUCUUUAUUUGAUUGCAUUCAACCACAUCUAUGUCGGAGAAGACAGACUGCAUUAAACAAUACAUUCAUUGUACAUUUCUGGACAUUGAUUAGCUCUGUUUCUGCAAUAUAUUUCCAACGCAAGUUUAAUCAUGUAUAGGCUAAUGUAAGUAUAGCAUUUACACUUUAAAAAUAAAUUACUGAGGACAGCUUCGUAUAUAGCCUACUAUUUAAACUAUUUUAUAUUGUAUUCGAUGAAUAACUUACAACAAAGACACGAUGUUAAAGUUUAAUAAGUUUAAACAGGCAAGUUAGCACCAAUUCUUAUCUCAAAAUUACAAAUCAUGGUAGUUAUUAACGCUCCAUUGAGUUACACUCAUUGAGAACACAUCAAACGAAAAUAAAACAAACGAAAGAUAGCAAAUCAUACAUUUUAACACGGUUGGAAAUUCUUAAAGCCUAAACAUCCUGCAUAGGAAGUUUUUAUAUUAACUUCUAUAUUAAUGUGCAUGCGUGCUUUCCAGUCACCCACAAACAAAUGAUGAAAAGAAAAACAACGAAAACUAAACACUGCAAACUUUCAGGAUUUUUGUAAUCUAGACCUGUCUGUAGUAGUAGUAAUUCCAACACACUAUUAUUUGUUGAAAAUUUUACGACUAAACCUCAAAUGUUAUGAGACAAAGCAAAGGUGUAUAAUCAGUCACGUUGCAUGUUUCUGCUGAUGUGCAAAGGUGACUAAGCGCUGAAAAUCAACGAAUACAUAUAUAGCAAGAUAACAAUAACGAUAGGCUACCAAUUCCUUUAACAAUAAAAAUGUCAUAACUGUGUAAAUUCAACGCUAUAGUCGUACUAUGACAAAACCCAUUAUAUAUAUUUCAUAAUAAUCUGUUGUUGUAGAUAAUUUGCCAUAAUGAAAAAUACAGCCGAAUAUAUUUUUGGGUCAUACUUUAAGCUUAUUGACAAACAAAAUGGACACACGUAAAUGUACUAAUGUAUCACAUUUGUAUAUAAUUGAAAUAAUUCACUCAAGGCAUUUUGUGAUUUGUCGCUUUUUAACAUAUGCAAUGGUCGGAAGUGCCUGCAUUCAGUAAAUGUGUCUUUAGAAGACCUCUUUAUUAACAGUUGGCGUGCAUUAUUAAUAGCUACAAACCAAAUCUAAAUGAGCAUAUUGUUUUUUACAUGCUUGCAAUUCCCGUCAACUGCGCAAUAAUGCGUUUAAAAAUUUAUAAUAAUAAAGACAAUCAUUUACUUAGGAUUAAUUGAUAGCCCAGACUGACAAGACUUUAACUAAAACCUAAACGCGUGGUAACAGAGAUAAUUGUAUUUAGAUGCUAAAACUCCUCGUGCAGGUGAUUGUAUAUUUUUAUUUCAGAAACAAAAUGAGUUCGUACACGGAAUAAACAUAAAUAUAGUUCGGUUAAAACAAAUAGACUUUUGUUAAUUUGUGUAUUAUUGUAAUAUUUAAGGUUUGCUUAUAAUUAUAAAUUGCUGUAAAAUAAUCUACUUGCUUUUGAAAAAAAAAUAGUGCAGCCGUGGCUGAUUUACAGUAUCUUAUAGGCUAUUGAUUGAAAGUCAAUUUAAAAAGGAGAUAAGAGAGAAUGGGAGAGAAAUAAGAAAAUAAUUUUAGUCUACUAAAAACGAUAGAUUUUUGCUUAUAUUUUUAGCUAUAGGUUGUAUUUAUCUUUAAUGUUGAAGUGUUAACGCUCGUGCCACUCUCAGAUCGUUUUAUUUGUUUUCUGCAGAAGUUUCCUUCUGAGAAUUAAUCCACUAGAUGUCGCCAGGCGUCAUAAAAAUACCUUACGUUUAAUUUACAUUCUAAUGUUCAAUGAAUUCAUAGGCAAUAUGGUUAAUAUUAUAUAGAAUAAUAUUAUAGAAUAGUAAUAAAGAACCUUUAAUUUCUAAAAAAAAAAAAAUCAGAAAUCUAUUAAUGGCUUUGAAGUUAUCUCGCAUUAUAACGCAAAAUUAAAGAAAAACUUGCAAAACUGCAGUUAGUUGUAUAUCGAUAAAAUGUUUGUAAUACUCAUUUGCCUCCUUAAUUUUCUAAUAUUCUAUAUUCUAUGGUGUAUGCAUUGCAUUUUGGAGAUUUUACACAUUUAACAUUGACUCAACUAGCUUUAAUUUAUCUUGACUACUUUUUCAUCACCAGAGUGAUAUUUCUGAAAAAAAUGAACAAAGAAGAUUUGGGAUAACAGAAACAAAAACGAAAAAGAAUGUGCUGAUCAAUCUAUGCUAGACAUUGUAUUUGCUCUGAUUCUUUGCUCACAUUCGAUUAAGAAAAUUAUUUAGGCAAAAAUUAUUUUAUCAAUGGUGCGUUACAAGUGCUCUUUUUGCACUAAAUAUAUUUAAUAUUUUAAUGUAUUAUAUAUUUAAUACAUUAAAUAUUUUUUAUAUUUUUUCAACUUUGCAUGACUUAAUUAAUUUAUUGCUGCAUUAAUAAGAAUAACGUUGCCAGAAAAGACCUAAAACCGGAUAAUCUUUUUUUUUCUCAAGUCAAAUCAGAUCAACACGUAUUUGAAUAAUUUAACUUUAAACUGACUGUUAGACAUAUUGGUCCCGAAAACAUCUAAUAGAAAAUAGUUAAUAAUGCUAUCAUAAGAAUAAUAGCCCGCAUCGUUUAAGGUUUUCAAUUUAUAACUCUUUCAGAACUCUUUCAGAACUAAUUCAUGCGUAUAUUAUAGUACAAGACAUCUGCAUGAUACAUUGUCUCCCUUCACAGUUUAAUGGGUACUGUGGGAAAGUUUGAUUUCCUUUUCUGUGUAGAUUUUAAAUAUGCAUAAGUAUGGUAAUCACGGUCCUGCUGUAUUGCAAACAGGCGCAGCCUAUCCCACACAUGUCCUACACAACUUCGGACCGUAUGAAGUUGCCAAGAUGAGGACAUAGGUCAAAUUUCUCUCCUUGGCGUCUGUUCAUAGAAAGAGAUAAAAAAGGGACAGUCUUAAGUUUGUUGUUUAAAGCGGAUAACAUGCGAGCAUACGACAGCACGUGUUGACCCAUUGGGAGUAAAUUUUUACUUGUGCCCGUCUGACCACUUCUAUUGGGUGCCAGAUCAGCUGAGCAAAGGUUCUCAAGAUGAAGACCAGACGCUUUACGAGUAGGAACUAUAAAGAAGAGACAUCAAUUGCACGUAAAAGUUGGGCAAGCGCAAUAUCUCGAAUGUGAGGGCACUUAUAUUAAUAUAAAAAUGGAUAUCAGGCCUAUAAUCAUGACUUUAUACGGUUUUAAAAAUAAGGAAAAUGUGACCAUUAGUCACAUUUGAAGCGAAAGAGGACUGGCAUUAAUGUUCUCAACUGAUUAAUCAACAUGAGG